AAAACGGCGUCAUUCAUCGCUCUGGUAUCCCAAACAUCUCCGAUAUUGUUAGCACAAGAGUCAUAUUUGCGGAAGCAUAUCAUUUGAUAAUGUUUCCAACCCUAAUCAGACGAGCAGUUCAAUCGGCGAAGGAGCCUCUGACUACAAAGAUUCCCCUGACUAUCGCGAAUAAUCCUUACAAGGCUCGAAAAGUAUGGCCACCUGACUUCAAAGAGUUGACUCAUCAGCAACAACUCCGAUUUGAGAAGAAGUACAAGCGUCGUGUUGCCCUUGCAAGCCGAUCUCCAAGAUGGGAGAAGGGCGUCAAGUAUGCGCAGCUUGCCACAAUGGCUGCUGCGAUGGUAUGGCUUAUAUUCUACUCUGAGUUUGAGUGGUGGGGGCAAAAGUAUAAGCCAUCUGAAGAGCUGCGGAAACAUGCCAUCAAUCUCUUCGGCGUGUUGGAUCCCGAAAAGCGAUAUGAGCGCCGGAAAGAUGCACCGGAAGUAAACCCGUCACGAAACUCAGAUUCGAAAUGAGUUGUAAGAUAAUGUCUGCCACUCUAUGUGUGUGUAAUAUAGGAUUUGUAUAUAUCUAAGGCGUUUUUGGCGUGAUACCCAUCUUGGGCUAAGGGAAAAGACAAAGGAAUGCAUGCAUAUGCUCGUUAUAGUUCUAUCCGACUCAUCUCUUUGUGCUCAGCUCAAGGCCGCAAUAUCAUUAUUAUACCCGUCCUGCCCAUGCAAAGUUGCCCCCAAGACCCAUUCCUGAUCCAAUAGUGCUUCGUCCCUCAUUUACCGGCCGUUUAGCGACUGUUCCCUGGGCUC